AUGACACCAUUGAAGGAAAACCACACCUUAAGCUCUGAAUUUAUUAUUUUAGGCUUUGGGGACCUGGCUGAACUACAGUUUCUCUUUUUUGGACUCUUUCUAGUUAUGCAUCUCAUCACCCUAGCAGGCCAUACAACUAUUGUACUCAUCACCCUUAUUGACACCUGUCUCCAGACACCUAUGUAUUUCUUCCUUCGGAACCUAUCUGCCAUUGAAAUUUGCUACAUAUUAGUUAUUGUCCCUAACAUGCUGGCCAACUUCCUGUCCAGAAACCAGCGAAUGCCAUUCCUGGGAUGUGCUCUGCAAAUGCACCUAUUCAUUGCUCUGGGUGGAGCAGAAUGUUUCCUCCUCGCUGCAAUGGCAUAUGACCGUUUUGUGGCCAUCUGUAACCCACUGCGUUACACACUCAUCAUCACCCGGGCACUCUGUCUGCAGAUGUUGGCUCUGGCAUGCAUCAGUGGUUUUACACUUUCACUCACCCUUACCACACUGAUAUUCCUCCUGCCCUUCUGUCAGUCCCAUGUCAUCAACCAUUUCUUCUGUGACAUUCCUGCUGUUCUAUUCUUAGCCUGCUCUGAUACACAAGCCAAUGAAAUUGCAGUCUUCCUUGUAUGCAUGCUGAUUCUGUUGAUUCCCUUCUUGUUGAUCCUGUUUUCCUAUGGAUUCAUUAUUGCUGCCAUCCUCAGAAUCCAUUCAGCAGAAGGCAGGAGUAAAGCUUUCUCCACCUGUGCUGGCCACCUGUUAGUCUCUGUUAUGCACUACGGCUGUGCGAUAUUCAUCUACAUUCGUCCCAAGUCCUGCUACACCCCAGAACAGGACAAAAUUGUGUCCUUAAUCUAUACUAAUAUAACCCCAAUGCUCUAUCCUAUGAUCUAUAGCUUAAGGAACAAAGAAGUCAAAGGUGCCCUCAGAAGACUCCUGAUGAACCAUAACAGAUGGAGUGGCAGCCCAGUCUAA